UGCUUUCAGAAGUUCUUUUUUUUUGUGUUCAAGAGUCAAAGACGCACCUGGCCACAGCCAUCUUUCAGAAUAUCUAUCCAAAACCAAAAUAUUAGCGGAUAACAAACAAUGUAGGAAUUUAGCCAGGAAAAAAACAGAAAUGCCCAAAAUCAUACAGCUUUUCCUCCAAACUCAGUGAGUCAGUGAUAGUAAGCACCAAAAAAAAUUCACCAUUAAAGUUGCACAAAUGUUGCAAACCAUUCAUCUUCUUCCACCAAAUUCUCUCAAUCCUUCUCAUCAUCUUCUUCUUAAACCCUUUCUCUCUCCUCCACUCACUUUCCUCCACAAACCCACUUCAACCCCCUCUCUCUCCUCCAAUCUUCGCCCCAUAUCACAAUCAUGGCCGCUCUUCGCCGCCGUGGAAGAAGGACCCAUCGAGCUUUCGCCAGAUACUCCGUCAAUUUUUGCCACAAAUGACGACCCUACCCCUCUUCAAGUCUCUACCAGUGUUCUUCUUACUGGGGCUAUUACUGUCUUUCUCUUUCGCUCUAUUCGUCGCAGAGCUAAACGAGCUAAGGAAUUGAGAAUGAGAGCCUCCGGUGCAAAGAGUUUGAAAGAGGAAGCAUUGGAUAGCUUAAAAGCAAUUGGAUCGGUCUCAAUUGAACCUAAAACUUCGCCAUCCCCUGUUCAAGCCUUCUUAGGAGCAAUCACUGCAGCUGUUAUUGCAGCCAUUCUGUAUAAAUUUACAACUACUAUCGAGGCAUCUCUUAAUCGGCAAACAAUUCCUGAUAAUUACUCGGUACGUCAAAUUACUGUUACAAUAAGGACUAUUAUCAAUGGAUUGUGCUACCUAGCAACAUUUGUUUUUGGCUUCAACGCUCUUGGCUUAUUCCUUUACUCAGGAAAGCUCACUCUCGAUUCUCUUUUGGGAGAGACUGCAGGUAGCAAUGAGAAUGCUACUGACGUAAAAGAUUCUAGUUCCCCCAAUCUGUCAUCUGAAAGUGCUAGUACUCAGGAAAAUAAUGAUACUGAUCAAAUUUCUUAAUACAUCCCGUCAUAGAUUAGUACAAUUGUCCAUUUAGUUUGCAAUAGUAUGAGUAUAACAUACUUUUAUGUCGAUCACACUUUAUGUUCAGAAUAGCAGCUUCAUCAGGUGCAGGUUUUGUAUGUAUAAAAAUUGGUUCAGAUUACAA